AUGCGCGUCCAUAUCAAAAAGGAUAGUGGCAGAUGGAUUGUAACAUACUUUCAGGAAGUUCAUAAUCACAAGAUGCUUGAGGACACACUUACUUUCAUGCUUCCAAGACAUAGAAGGAUGAACUCGGCGGAAAUUGAUCAAAUGAAUAUGAUGUUAAAAGUCGGCAUCAAGACCCCACAGAUUUAUGCAUCGUUUGUGCAGACAGCAGGCGGGUAUGAAAAUGUUCCAUUUUUGAAGAGAGACAUGUACAACAGAAUUGACAAGCAACGGAGGAUUAUUGGUGGGGAUGCAAGUGCGUGCCUUAAGUUGUUGCAACGUAUGGAAGUAGAAAAUCCGGGAAUGUUUGUUAGACACCUAGCGGACAAAGAAGGUCGUUUGGUGCAUUUAUUUUGGUGUGAUAACUGUAGUCAACUGGAUUAUGAAAUAUUUGGGGAUGUAUUAGCAUUUGAUGCGACAUAUCGCAAGAAUAAGUACAUGUGUCCGCUGGUGGUUUUCUCGGGGGUUAAUCAUCACAAUCAAACUAUCGUGUUUGCUGCUGCCCUUAUUGCGAAUGAGACGGAGGAAACAUAUAAGUGGUUACUGCAGCAAUUUUUGGAAGGCAUGAAGGACAAGGCACCCGUAUGUGUCAUCACUGAUGGUCAUGGAGCCAUGAAGAAAGCAAUUGAAUAA